AUGAAACGCAAGAACGGUUCUGUGAGAAAACGAGCCAGUCGGCAGAGCCUCAACCUACACACAAACGGCCACGCCAGCACCGGCGGCAGCAUGGAGUCGCAGAUAGAGAUGCGCAAGAAGGGCGUCUCCCUCGAAUCGACGUCGACACACACCUCCAGGGUGGUGGGCCAGCCGGACUUCUCCCUAGACGACUCUCCCCCGCCCACUCCCCAGUCUGCCGCGGCCGUGAGCACCAGCUUCAGCGAUCUACCGGCGUCUGAUAAGCGAAAUUUCCUCCUGUUAUGCGUGCUAUACUUCCUCCAGGGCGUCCCUAUGGGUUUGGCCAUGGGAUCAGUACCUUUUCUCCUCAAACCAAACCUCUCGUAUGGUCAGAUAGGCGUGUUCUCGCUCGCAUCAUACCCAUACUCUCUCAAGCUUCUAUGGAGUCCCAUAGUGGACGCGGUUUGGAGCCAAAGGGUCGGACGACGAAAGAGUUGGAUUAUGCCUAUCCAGACCUUCUCCGGCCUAGCCAUGGUAUAUCUUGGUAGCCACAUUGCCAACAUGAUGACCGCGGCAGCCGAUAAGGGGGGAGAUGGUAUAUGGGGGUUUACCAAAUGGUGGUUUUUCCUUGUCUUUCUCUGCGCAACGCAGGAUAUUGCUGUCGACGGCUGGGCCAUCUCUCUGAUCUCACCUCAGAACAUUGCCUUUGCCUCUACCGCCCAGACAGUCGGCCUUACGGCUGGACACUUCCUCUCAUACACUGUCUUCUUGGCGUUCAACUCCCCCCAUUUCGCCAAUACAUGGUUCCGCUCUACCCCGUCGAAUGAAGGUCUCAUCACUCUGGGUGGCUAUCUGAAGUUCUGGGGAUGGGCGUACCUCCUCGUUACCAUUGGACUGGCCGUGCUCAAAAAGGAGGAAACCUCAAAGGAUAGGGACGGCAUUGUCGAAGUAUACAGGAGCAUGUGGAAGAUCCUGAAACUUAGCAACAUCCAGACUAUCAUCAUCAUACAUCUGAUUGCCAAAAUUGGCUUCCAGGCCAACGAAGCCGUGACAAGCUUGAAGCUCAUCGACAAGGGCUUCGGUCAAGAUAACAUGGCCCUCGUCGUUCUUGUUGACUUUCCGUUCGAGCUUGCCCUUGGGUAUUAUGCUGGAAAGUGGUCGACAGAGUAUACCCCCAUGAGGCUGUGGUGCUGGUCGUUCGUAGGCCGACUUGUAGCCGCUCUCUUAGCACAAGCCGUUGUCAUGAUUUAUCCAAGCGCUCCUGGCGCCACCGUCCCCGGAUGGUACAUGUUUGCAGUUAUCGGCGAGCAUUUGUUGUCUACCUCGAUGAACACCAUCAUGUUCGUUUCCUGCUCUGCGUUCCAUGCAAAGAUAUCUGACCCAACGAUUGGCGGAACUUACAUGACCUUACUUGCAACCGUCUCAAACCUUGGAGGUACAUUCCCUAAAUACUUCGUUCUCAAACUCGUCGAUAGCCUCCACAGCGCCACCUGUAUACCUCCAUCCAAGGCCCCACAGGGAGUAGCGUCUCCCGUCACCACUCCUUUCUCCUGUUCUCUCGAGGCAGAAAAGAACCGUUGCACUGCUGGAGGUGGCGUAUGCCGAGUCGACCGUGACGGCUUCUAUUAUACGAAUAUAUUAUGCGUGGCCAUCGGCGCCAUUACUUUCUGGUUUUUCAUCCGAGGAGCCGUGAUGAAACUUCAGAGACUCCCCUUGCGUGCAUGGCGAGUCACUCCAGAGGGUACAGGUAGAUGA